AUGGCCCUCAUCUGUGGAAUAGACCAUGUUUUCUCCAAAGGCCAGGGGAAAACUGUGACAGUAUGCAUCAGUCUGCCAAUUCCAGGGAAACCUGGCUUUGAACAUUUCUACCAUAUGGAAGCAAGUGCAGAGACUCACUUCUGGAAUGAAUCAACAAGGGAAACAAAUCACUCUGUGGUGACUGAAUUUAUUUUUAUUGGACUCUCUGAUUCUCAAGAACUUCAGAUCUUUCUGUUUGCAUUCUUCUUUGUUUUCUAUGUAGGUAUUGUGUUUGGGAACCUUCUUAUUGUCAUAACUGUGACUUCUGAUUCCCACCUCCACUCCCCUAUGUACUUCCUGCUGGCCAACCUUUCAUUCAUCGAUUUAUGUCUGUCCUCUGUCACAGCUCCAAAGAUGAUUGCUGACUUUUUCUGCAAAUACAAAGUCAUCUCUGUCAAGGGCUGUUUUGCACAGAUCUUUCUUCUUCACUUCUUUGGGGGAAGUGAGAUGGUGACCCUCAUUGCCAUGGCCUUUGACAGAUAUGUAGCAAUUUGUAAGCCUCUACGCUACAUGACUAUUAUGUGUGGCAAUGUAUGCAUUGGCAUUGUGGCCACUGCAUGGGGAAUUGGCUUCCUACAUUCAGUGAGCCAAUUGGCCUUUGCAGUGAACUUACCCUUUUGUGGUCCCAAUAAGGUUGACAGUUUUUACUGUGACCUUCCUAGAGUACUUAAACUUGCCUGUGCAGACACAUAUAAGUUAGACCUCAUGGUCAUUGCCAACAGUGGUAUACUCACUCUGUGUUCUUUUGUUCUCCUAAUCAUCUCCUACAGUAUCAUUCUAAUGACCAUCCAGCGCCGCCCUUCUGACAGAUCAUCUAAAGCUCUGUCUACACUGACUGCUCAUAUCACAGUAGUUCUUUUGUUCUUUGGACCUUGCAUCUUCAUUUAUGCUUGGCCGUUCCCCAUCAAGUCAUUAGAUAAAUUCCUUGCUGUGUUUUAUUCCGUGGUCACUCCUCUCUUGAACCCUAUUAUAUACACACUGAGGAACACAGAGAUGAAAACUGCAAUGAGACGUCUCAUAAUCAAGAUAAUGAACAUCUCUAAUUUUUUCAUGUUAUCAAUCAGAUAUUUUGUGUUCACUUAG